UGCACACAGCCCUUAGCUUUUUCCCGCCGUGUGCAAAAUAUCAGCAAGCGAGACGUGUAUAAUUUCAUUCAUCACGAGGACAUCAUCAAAUUCGUUUGGUAAAACUUGGCGCUAAACUGAACAAGAGAAAAAAUGGGCGAUCCGUGCAAUUGUGCUGAAACGGGAAGCUGCAACUGUUCCGACCAGUGUACCAGUGAUGGUGGCUGCAGGUGUGGUUCCAAUUGCAAGUGUGGUGCUGACUGCAAGUGUCCCGGAUGUAAAGUUGUUUGCAAAUGCGGGGAUUCGUGCGCAUGCGGGAAAGGAUGCACGGGACCAAGCACGUGCCAGUGUGAUAGUGGCUGUUCGUGUAAGUGAUGGGAAGAAGUCACGCGGUUUGAGCGGUUCGUGCGAGCACAUGCCAUGAAAUCACGUUGCCACUUGCCAAGAUACUCCAUGCACCGCUGUAAAUCUUCAGAUCAGAGAUGGUGGUUUCACAACUUUUAUCAAAAGACUGUUGAAAGAGACACUUGUCUCAUUUCCUUUCUUAAAACCGCGUGACAUUCGUUGAAAUAAUUUGACAGAGUACAAAUAAAAUGAAUAUAAUAA